CAGGCGCCCAGGCGCACUGAAACACCUCGGGAGCCGCCAAGAGCGGCCAGCCUUCGCACCUAUCGGACCUCUGCCAUGGCCCUCACCUGCGGCCGAGCCGCCCUCGCGCUGCUCGCCGUCUACGUGGCGAUCCUCUCGCACACGCUGCUCGAGCUCUUCUACCCGUCGCCGUGCCGCGGUGCCGCCUGUCUGCAGCCGCUGCUGCGCAGCGGCGCCGCCGUCGACCUGCAGGCGCACAUCGACGGGCGGCUCGUCUGGAGCGCAGCCGGUGUGAGCAGCGGCGCAGGCCUCGAGGACGUCGCGUUUGCGGUCCCGGUCCCGGCCGAGGUGCGGCUGGGCAGUCGAGAGGAGCUGCAUCUCGACUUCUCCAUCGCGCUCGCCGGUCAGCAGCAGCCCAUCGCGCACGCCCGGGCGCUCCUCUGCGCGCGCCGCCAGCCGCGACGCCGCAGCACCGCCCGCAUGCUGCUCGCCGAGCCAGCCGUCUCCUCCACGCCUGGCUCCGCCACUUCCGACUCUGCCGCCGCCGCCGUCCCCGCCGCCUUCGCUUCCAGCGAGCAGAGCGGCGUCGCCGUUUCCAGCGAGCAGAGCGCCGCCUCCGUAUCCAGCGAGCAGAGCGGCAUCGCCGUUUCCAGCGAGCAGAGCGGCGUCGCCGUUUCCAGCGAGCAGAGCGGCGUCGCGCCGCCCAACGAGCGGGGCGAGGUGCCGCACUACCUCUAUGCGGCGGCGAGCCUCGAGCUGCGGCUGGUUGCCGACGAGACGCCGCACGCCGGGCCGGUGCUGCCGAGCGACGGGGCCCAGGUCGCGAACGGCGUGGACUGGUCUCGGCGCGUGUACGCGCCUCGGCUCUACGUCGACGAGCUCGGCCUGCUGGGCAAGCACGCGCUGCCUCUCUCGAGCGACGUGGGCAAGGAGCCUCCUCGGCUGCGGCUGCGGCUGCUGCCCAUCUCCCUCGGUCGGUACCGCGCCACGCGCCAGCUGCACACGGCGCUUGGCGCGCUGCAGGCGGCCAGCGGGAUGGAGGCAGCCGAGUUCGACGAGCUACGCGAGCUGCUCUCCGAGAAGCGCCUCUACCGCUUCGCGCUGAUGCAGCUGAUCGGGCUGCUCCACGUCGUCUUUGACGCGCUCGCCUUCCGGAACGACGUCGGCUUCUGGAAGGGGCGGGAGGACCUGAGGGGCCUGUCCUCGCGCGGCGUCAUCUUCAACGCGGGCUCCACGCUCGUCAUCUUCCUCUACCUGCUCGACGGCGACGGCGUCAACUCGAUCGUCCUCGCUACCUACGCCUUCUCCACCGCCCUCGAGCUUUGGAAGCUGACCAAGGUGGUUGCGAUGCGGCGGCGGGCGCGCGGCGCGGCCGGCGGCGCCGGCGGCGAGGGCGCGCGCGCCGAGGCGGCGACGGAGCGGUUCGACGAGGUUGCGACGCGGCACUUGACGUGGGGACUCGCGCCGCUGGUCGUCGGCUGGGCGCUGUACGCGCUGCUCCACUACCCGCACGCGUCGUACAGCUGGCUGCUCGGCUCGCUGGCCGACGCGAUCUACCUCUUCGGCUUCAUCGCGAUGACGCCACAGCUCUUCAUCAACUACAAGGCGCCGAGAGGAGCCGAGAUGGCCCGAGAUGGCCCGAGCUCUCCCAAGAUCCCCAGAUCUUCUUCAGCCACAAGGCGGGCACCCCCCUUCCCCGUGCCCCUGCCUGCGCCAGACCAGCCCCCUCGCUUCUGCCGUCGCCACGGCGCGCCGAGGAAGUACACACGCCGUUUCGAGGCAGAGCUCCCCCGCCCCCCCUCGCGCCAGAUGAAGAGCGUCGCCCACCUGCCGUGGCGCGUCCUCGCGUACAAGGCCUUCAACACCUUCAUCGACGACGCCUUCGCGCUGAUGGUCGCGAUGCCGACCGCCCACCGCGUCGCCUGCUUGCGGGACGACCUCGUCUUCCUCGUCCUCCUCUACCAGCGCCGCCUCUACCCCGUGGACCGGAAGCGCGCCAAUGAGUUUGGCAUCGCGUACGAGCGGGACGAGGCGGACGUCGCUCCCGCGCGAGGGGAGGGCAGCGCGGGAGAUGGGGCCGAGGAGGGGCCUGCUAGAGGGGUGGAAGCGGAGGGCGAGGUGCUCGCCAAGCAGUACGAGAAUGUGGUGCCGGUGGACCCAAAGGUGCAGGAGGAGGAGGACAAGCUCGCGCCGGCGCGCGAGUGGGACGACGACGAGAAGUUCUGGAAGCCCGACUUUUGGACGGCCGUCUUCGAGGACGUCAAGGACGUCGAGUACCCUUCCAUCAAGAAGGUGACGCAGACGCUCUUCAUCUCGCAGGCGUGCACGCCUCCCACGCCCAUGCGCCCACCCCCGGGGACGCGGUGGCGCUGGGUCGCCUUUGUGGUUGUGAUUGUGCUGGUGCUCGUCUUUGACGCCCUCGCCGACGCCACCAUCCGGUCAGUGCUGCUGGGCGACGACUUCUCCAUCACGAUGGACAAAAUCCUGAAAACCGCCGGCAAGACGCAGCCCAUGUGAGCCCACGGCCGCCGCGCGAGCGGGCGGGGCGGGGCGGCGUGGAGAGCUGACGCUGAGCGCGGUCUGUCACGCAUCAGUGGCGACUGCCAACCUCUGCUACCGACGUACUAGCACCGCACUCGAGUCCCCUCCUUCGGCGUGCCGGAAUGGAAUACGUGUGUCUGCCUUUCGCGCUAUUGAAAUCCAUUCACAGCA